GCGAGGGCGGUGGUUGCGUCGAGAGGAGCGUUGAGGGAACAAGGCGAGAGCGUGGUUUUGCUCGAGCAGACAGAGAGAACGGAUUACGAGAGGAGCACGAGAUCGCGGGAGGCUCGCCAGUGGGGAAAAGCGAUAAGAAAAAGCACAGCGAAGGAAGGAAGAUGGGAUGAAAGAAUGGGAAAUUAUUGAAAAAUUGAGAAAAAAAGAAAAAAGAAGAAACUGUGAGGCGCUCGGCCAGCAGCCCUCGUCAAGAAUCGUCGCUCGCGAGUUUUUUUCGUUGGUGCUUUCCUCUCGGCCGGAUUGUGUAUCGUUCGUUUGGUCGCGCUCUCGGACGAUCCUCGUGUCGCACGGCCUUAAACUCGUUUCCAUUCUCAUAGUGCUUUCUCCCGAUUGACUUUCACGAGAACAAGUCUACAGAGGAGGCUCAUCGAAGAGUGCGAGAGGGUCGUCACAAAAGGGGAGAGCUUGAUAGAUCGAAAGACGAAAAAUCACAUUGGGACAGUAGUGCAGCUCCGUGUUGGUCAGACGCGAGGGAAAACUCUCGCGAGAAUGAAAUGUUUAUCGUCCAAAUAAAAGCAUCCUUUUCCAUGGUAAUGACACCUCUUUGAAAUCACUUGAAAGUUCGUGUGCUGUGUAUUUGUGGCGAAUUUAAGGUAGAAAAUAUUAUCGGGCGGUCCGCGCGACCCCUUGAAAUUCUACAGCUGUGCUGAAUUUAAGCCGGGGUGGAGGGAGGGGGAUCGUUCGCUCUCGUCAGGGGAUUAAAAUCGUGCUGCUGCUGCAGCAGCACCAGCUGUACGCUCGCGACGAAAAACUCGUAUAUAUUUAUAUAUAUCUGUGAAUAUAUACAUAUGUCGGACAAAUCGCUGUCACGCUGACACACUUCCCUCCCACUAAUUUUCCACCCUUAUUUAUUUAUUUAUUUAUUUAUUCGAUCAUUGGUGCCGCCUCCUCCUCCCCCCCCCCGCGCCCCUCCUCGCUCCUGCAUCCUCGAAUAAUUAACCGCGUAAUCGCGAACGCUGCAUACUUUCACCGUUCGUCGUGCCUCUCUGUGUUCCUCUUGUGUUUCUGUGCGGUUACCCUGUGUAUUUCUGUGUGCUCGAUUUGGGGACGCAUGUGCACGAUGCACCGAGAAAUUCCUCGAGGUACGAGCGAAUCAACCUACGGAAAAUGCGAUAACGUUGCUACUGGGAUUUAAGGUUAAAAGACACGCGAGCACCGAACGAUAUAGGCGUCACGGACUCCUCGUCUACUCGCAAACCAACACCGAACUUUCUUCAACGUGCGUGCAUCCCAAAAAUAUCCGGAACGAAACGGCAGACGAAGGCUCGCAGUAUCCGGGAGAAAGGACUCGAAAGGCGAGGAGAAAUGAGGCGGACGUGACGUCACAAUGACAUGAUGAAGAGCCUGGUGGGGAUCAUGUGGAUAGUGUUGGUUCUCAUAUCAGGAUGCUCGGGGAACCCGGACGCUAAACGACUCUACGACGAUCUUCUCUCAAACUACAACAAACUCGUGCGUCCCGUUGUCAAUGUAACGGAUGCCCUAACCGUUAAAAUAAAGCUCAAACUCUCGCAGCUCAUCGACGUGAAUCUCAAAAAUCAGAUCAUGACGACUAAUCUCUGGGUCGAGCAGUCAUGGUACGACUACAAACUUCAAUGGGAUCCAAAGGAAUACGGUGGCGUUGAGAUGCUGCACGUGCCGUCCGAUCACAUAUGGAGGCCAGAUAUAGUUUUGUACAACAACGCCGAUGGAAAUUUCGAAGUGACACUGGCGACCAAAGCAACGUUGAAUUACACGGGCCGAGUGGACUGGAAACCGCCGGCUAUUUAUAAGUCUUCCUGCGAAAUCGACGUAGAGUAUUUUCCCUUUGACGAACAAACGUGCGUCAUGAAAUUCGGAUCGUGGACUUACGAUGGAUUUCAGGUCGAUCUCAGGCACAUAGACGAGGUUCGUGGAAGCAACGUAGUCAACAUCGGUGUCGAUCUUUCGGAAUUUUACACUUCCGUAGAGUGGGACAUACUCGAAGUUCCAGCAGUCAGAAACGAGAAAUUUUACACGUGCUGCGACGAGCCUUACCUCGACAUAACGUUUAACAUUACGAUGAGACGAAAGACCCUUUUCUACACGGUCAACCUCAUAAUACCUUGUAUGGGAAUAUCCUUUCUCACCGUGCUCGUAUUUUACUUGCCGAGCGACAGUGGUGAAAAGGUGAGUCUAUCGAUUUCGAUUCUACUCUCGUUAACGGUGUUCUUCCUCCUCUUGGCCGAAAUCAUUCCACCUACCUCGCUGGUCGUACCCCUGCUCGGAAAGUUUGUACUUUUCACCAUGAUCCUCGACACCUUCAGCAUCUGCGUGACCGUCGUGGUCCUCAAUGUACACUUUCGGUCGCCUCAGACUCACGUGAUGGCCCCAUGGGUCCGACGUGUGUUUAUCCACGUUCUCCCACGAUUAUUAGUAAUGCGCAGGCCGCAGUACCAAAUCGACAAGAGGACGCUGGACCCCCAUCACAGCCAACGGGUUAUGGUGAGAACUUGUAACGGCCUUGAACUUCGGGACCCAUCGUUAUUCGUCGAGGCGUCGGCCUCCGAGCUCGUCGAGUCGUCGGUUCUCUUUCCGAGUGUCGAUUCCCGCGACGAACUCAAUCCCCGCGAGUUGGAAGCGGUAAAUCUGGGAAGCACGUGUCGAAUCCACGGAUCUCCGGCCGCGGCACCACCGCCACAGCAGCUUCCUACCGAGGAGAGCGUUGAUGCUCUCUGCAAUGCCCUCCAUCAUUGGCAUCACUGCCCAGAACUCUACAAAGCUAUCGAAGCCAUAAGAUUUAUCGCUGAUCACACUAAGAGAGAAGAAGACUCUACCAGAGUUAAAGAGGAUUGGAAGUACGUGGCGAUGGUGCUGGACAGGUUAUUCCUCUGGAUCUUCACGCUCGCUGUUGUAGUCGGUACGGCGGGUAUAAUAUUGCAAGCACCGACACUUUACGACGACCGGAUCCCCAUCGACGUGAGACUUUCGGAGAUCGCGUCUACCACUGCCAAACCGCACAUCGUGACGAGCCUAUGAGUAACGCUCGCGUCUUUUCAUUCGAGAUAAUUAAAAAAUUGAAAUAACGAAACGGAAAUAAAGGAGUAAAAGAGAGAAAGAGAGAGAGAGAGAGAGCAGAUUAAAAAAAAGCGCCGUACAGGAGACGAAGCUCCCACGAGAAAACGAAGGUCCAUCCAAAAAUCUCCGUGUAAGACUGCGAAGAGUCUUGUCACCGAGAAAACUCGCUAAAUAAAUCACUAAUUAAAAAUUGCAAGGACAAAAAAAUAAGCAGAAAGAAAAACAAGAAAAUAUUGAACGUGCGCGCGCUGGCGCGAGCGCUGUAACUUGCAAUGUUUACGGAGGAAAGCAAAAAGUUUUCCAAACAACUCGUAGAAACUCGUAUAAUCGUAGGAUCGAUUUAAUUGAAAUACAAAAAAGCGAAAGAGGAGAAAAAUGAAGAAGGAAGAGAGACGGACUCGAUACGUCAUUCCGCGAUCCCGUCUAGGCCAGCCUCGAUUUCCAUUCCAAUCAGACCCCCCCUCCCCUUCAGACAGACUCGAAACUAAUAAAUAAUGCCCCCCCCCCCCCCCCCCAAUUAUUUUGCACAUUCAUACAUCCCGCCAACCAUUUUCGUCCAAGUACCCGAGCUUUUUUAAGCCCGCCAGGGAUGUACGAAUUAUUAAUGCGAGAGCUCAACGAGUUUCAAUCGACUGACCCAAUUCCAAUGCGCUUUUUAUCUUUCAUUUUUAUAUCUAUUCACUGUUUUGUCCAUUUGAUCAUUGAGUUCAGUGCGAUAGGUUAAGUUUUAUUGUACAAUAAUGUUUAUCGUACCAGUUGAACGUGUUUAUUCUCCAGAUCCGACUCGCUAAUCCUUCGAACACACAUUUAUUUCAUUUGUGUGAGAAACAAUAAGGCCCCGAGCGAUUGAAAAAACAAGUGGUCGAACUCGAAAUUCAUGAAAUCCCAAGUUUUCGAUGCACACGAUGAAGUAACGGCUCUAAUAUUCGUACACCCUGUGCACAGAGCAGGGAGGCAAAAGAAAUUAUUUGUAAUUGUCGAAAAUCGAAGAAAAUUGAUAAAUCGGAUAAAUAAAUGGAUUAAGAAAGAACAAAUACGUGAAUUUGUAAAGUAAGGCGAUUAGCCAGUCGAAGAAGAGCGUGGUUGCCUCGAGUCAUAUUCUCAUGAGUUCAGAAUCGAUAAUUAUACUAUAAAAUACACGCGUAUUGUAUGAAAAUAGACUAAGAAAACAAUGAGAACGAAGCAAGGUGAGACUUGGAGCGUGCGAACCGCGACCGAGGAGCUGUGCCCGUGUGUGUGUGUGUGUGAAUGUACGACGCCGGAGUCUGCAACGUUCGAGUCAAUCGAGACGAACGAAAAAAACAACUUGCAGUUCUCCAUUUUGCUCCUUCCUUCAUUUGCAAUUCUUCAUUUAUCAACCUACACAAAUGAUUCGUGGAAUAAAAAAUUGGUGAAUUGCAAAUGUCUCGUUCGUUUAUUUCGUUGAACUUGAAAUUUGCUAACUUCAGCGUCACCUGAAUGUGUUUUAAUGCAAGUGUGGGGUUUCAUGAAAAUAAUCUCACUUCCGGAUUAGCCGCGAUGAUGGGUCUCGUGUUAGUUUUCAAAAGCCAAGUGGUGUAAUAUGUACGUAGAAGCGGAAAAGCCUCGAGAAAAGUCGUGUGUGUACACCGAGAACAAAAAAAAAUUAUAUAUAUAUAAAAAAGUAAAUUAAAGAAAUAAUAAGAAAUGACAUCGUACCCACGAAACAUAUACUAGAAUAAUACAGAGAGCUCAUUAAUAUUCAAUGUCCCGUGUCAAUUGCGCUUGGGAUUGUUCUCCUGGGACUGUGAACAUUCGGAUUUGUUGAUUUCUUGGAAUUGCGACAGGUGGCAACAAAAUAUUCUUCACGCUUCUUCCGAUCUCAGAGAUCAUACUCAAGGGAGAAAGGGGGAAAUGUUUUUUUUUGUUUUCCAACGAUUUUUCGUUUAUUUGAUAUUUACGAAAAUUGAAUCUAUCAAAAUGUCGUGGAAAAACUCGAGGAAAAGAGGAGAACGAUUGGCAAUAACAGCGUCAGGAGAAAUCGUUUGAUUGUGGUGAGCGUAAAAAUCGGCGAGCAAGACCAAAGUGGGAACAAUUGACACGAGACAAUAUUUUGCCUGUUGCAGACUCAGGAAGAAAAUAAUUCGUUUCUCAAUGCUACAUCGAGCCUGUAAUAAAGGGGCCAUAUUUUCACUAAACAAAGGGGGAAAAAUAAAAUAAAAUAAAAUAAAAAAUAAACAUAAAAGUAAAGAAUAAAGCAAAGAAAAAUACAAAUAACGAUAAAAACGAUAUGACGGGAGAGGCGAGAUCGUUUAUCACAAAAAUGAAAUUCUAAAUAAUCUGCAUCGAUUUAAUGGCGCAGAAUAAGAGAGAGCGGAAGAAAAGAUUUAAAAAAGGGAAUAAACUGAUAAGAAAUAGAAGGCGGGGGCAAGAGAGAGAGAGAGAGAGAGAGAGAGAGAGAGAGAGAGCUGGAAGCAAAACAGCGAAAAGGGAAAGUGCGAGAGAAAAAGAGGGUCGGAAGUCUAAACGGAGAAGAGCCGACCCAAGUUUUUAUUGCUCAUACACAUAUAUGUUUGUAACAAUGAACAACGUUCGUGAAUUACAUUCGUUCCAUUAUCAUUACGUAUAAAACAUAAUAAAACAUGGUUAUACAUAAAAAUAUAGGAAAAUUUUUAAACACACACGAAUUCUCGAACACACACAUUCACACACCCGCACAAGCGAGUAUGAAAAAUAUGAAAACUAAUUAUAAAUUUCCAUGUAUAAUUGGGUUGAAAUGAGUUUUAGUCUUCCUGCGAGAUAUAUUAUAAUUACAUAAAUUUCGUAUCAAUGCGCGAAUUCAUUUUUCGUCCAUGUAUCUUUCUACACAGCAUUUAAAAAUUAUAUAUGCCGAUAUUAUAAAAGGGAAAUUGUGUGUGACCGUGUAUGUGUGUGUGCGUGCGUGCGUGCGUGCGUGUAUUUGUGGAAGAAUGAGAGAAUAUAGAUAAAUUUGCUAAGCGCUAUAUAGUCGAGUACCUAGAAAAUAAAAGCGAGACUUAUACAGCCGAAUAAAGUGACGAGAAUUUCAUUUUAAAAUACUCCCCACAACAUCCGUUUGUGGAAAGAUUUAUCGAUAAAUAUUCGCCAAUGAUGUAUUAAAAAUUUUCCCAUUUCAUUAAAUCGAAUAAUAAAAUUAGCUAUUUCAUGAUUAAUCAAUUCGUAAGUGAAUCGAUCGGAAUUAGAGUUUAAAGAAAAAGAAUUAAGAAAAAAAGAAAAUGAAAAAAUUGGACCCAAAAAUUAUCCAUGUCUCUGCCAAAAAAUAGAUAUUAAAAGGAAAAAAAAAGAAAGAAAGACAACUAAUUCAACUUUAAAGAACAGCUCGAUGAGAAAAUAUGAUGAAUAUUUUUUCAGUGCCCCUUCCAUUUUUCGAGCAUCUUUAUAAUAUCGAAAAGCCCUUUUUUUACAUUUUAUUAUGUAUUUUUUGGAUCAUAAUACGAGAGAAGAAAAAAAGAAAAAAUUAAUUCAUUUGAUAAAUUUUAUCGAGAGGUGUGCACGAGUGGCAUAACGGUGUAGUUUUUAAGAAAGCAAUUAAAUGUUUCAGAAGUAAGCACCAGUGAUAGAUAUCCUUAUUAACGACGAAUGAUAAAUUUAAAAUAUUACGCGGAAAGCAUAUUUAUUGAAUAAGCCCAAGCCCGUUACAACACAAAAAAAAACACAUUAAUUCUAAGUAAGGUAUUUGAAGAAACAAACUGACGAGCGAAUAUUCGUACGUCCGCCAUCACUGUGAACGAGUGACUCGAUAUACCGAGAACUGAACUAUCGAUUGAAAAUCAUCAACUUAUUUGCGCCCGAUUAUCAGCUGAAGAAAGAGUAAGAAUAAAAUCAUCUCUUGAUCUCUUGUCGCAAUUUAUCAUCGUAAUAGUUAUUCGUAAAAACGACGAUCGAUCCACCAUCGAUGUGAAAUUAUAUUGCCUGUACUUAACGAUUAUAGGAAAAGAAACACAUUUUACCCGCGACGAGAGAAUUUAGCGAAAAAAAAAACCAGCACGAAAUGUAAAAAAAAAACAAAAAACAAUGGAGAAAUAAAAUUUUAAUUGCGGGGCAAAUUAGAAUACGGAAUGUUAUCGAACGGUACGAAAUAUACCAAGUAUAUGUGUUUGUGGAAUAGGAUUAUCGAUUCAAAUAAGCGCAGACACAAAAAAUAACGAAUAUGAUUGUCGGUAGCCACUUCGCCUCAUUCGUAUCGUCUUUUCCACGCAGCAUUCACUAAAGGACAAAAAAUCAUGUUUUUUUUACACGAAAAACGUACACGCAUCAAUGUCCUCGAAUUUCUUUCUCACUCGUCAUUUUACUCCCAAACAAAACCGUUAUAAAUGCGUUAUUGUUGAACAACUUUUAGCGAUCAAUAUUCAUGCAUUUGAAAAAUUCCAUCACACGUAAUUGGCAAAAAAAAGAAAAUCGUGUCGCAACGUUUAGUAAAACAAGAACACAGCAUUUCGCGUAUAUACAUGUCACACAACACAACAUUGUUACAUCCAUAAUCAACGAGUUAUUCAAUCUCCAUUGAUUUGUAUAAUCAGACUGACAGAAAUUCAACUGAUUUCCAUUCAUUUUCAUUGUCAUUUUGUUUACAUGAAUUUCGUUACUUGUUGUGAAAAUACAUCAUUAUUUGAUUCAAAUCAUAUAUCUGUUACGAACGAAGGUGAGAAAAAUAUUGUUCGCGAAAAAAAAAUGAUAGAAAUUCGAUUACAGUCCCGGUUCGUCAAGAACGAAUUGAGUAGGGAGAGAUGUAAUGUAAACAAAAAAGAUACCGAGACCAGAGAGCCCAUUGUCGGCGUGAACGCGGUUCGUACGUUGAAUAAUUGUAUUUUCAUGUUUUCCGUCUCAAAUUUUCACCGUACCAAACGUAGCUACAACUAUUACUCGUGAUUUUUUAAUCGCAAUUUAUUAUUUGCUUUUGUAACAGUGUCAAGCAACACGAAUGAGACAGCACACUACAACCAUAUUUUCCCUCGUUUUUUACCGAGUGCGUUAUCGAGUUAUAGGUUAGGUAUAUUACUCCAUGUUUUUCCAUCGUGAAAAUACUGAUUUUUCACACGAAUCUCAGCUCUUUCGUUUGUACAGAAUAAAUUCGAACUGUUUUUCUUAAAUAUCAUUAAUUAAUGAAACAACAUUUCUGGGCUAUCAGACUUUUUCCACGAUGAGUAUUUCGCUGGACGAAUAUUCUAAAUUCGUGUGUGUGUAUGUGUGGAGAACUUGAAGCAAAACUGAAUAUACCCAAAGCUCGUUCGUCCAAAUGAGACGUGAUUGUGAAACAGAAUAUCGGGACGAAUUAAAAUUAAAAAAAAAAGAACAAAAAACAAGACACGCAAGCACAUCAAAUAGUUUCGUUGCUCAAAAAAUUGUGCGUUAAACGACUGUAUGUACGGUAUGUUCUCUAUUUACUGCCACAUGUAGGUAAAUGUAACAAAACAAAGAUUAAAAAGGAGAAAAGAUAACGGGAAAACGUACUAUCGUUGCGAGCGAAUGACAAUUGCGAUUAUUAACUAAUUCUCAAAGUAUCUUUUGUCUCGCGGUAGUUAUCACUAUUAUAAAGAAUGUUGGGCGGAAGCGACUUCGGCCGAUUUGUCUCAACUCAUCAACGGUGAUCGUGGGAAUCGUCGAACGUUUUUUUUUUUAAAUUUGCAUUUCUACCACUGAUCAUGCACAUGUUUUUGGUCGUAGACACACAAAAUCAUUCGGGUUUCCUCAAACUAGACAGAACACUUUGAAAACAAAAAAUUGCAAAAAAUGUAUAGCAAAAAAAACUUGAAUUAGCGUCAAUUGGAAAAAUAAAAGUUGAGCAUUGAAUAUCGGAAGAACUUUAUUUUUUUUCAAAUUUCCGUUCAUUUCUGUAAUUAAAUGUAUUCUUAAAAAAUUAUCCCCGCUCCGACACGAUUGAUAAGUGAUUCAAACUGUGGGAGUCGCGCUCGCUUGAUCGGAAGCGUUCCACGAGACACGAAUAUGUCUAUCCAGGGGUGUAUGUAUAUAUGUCCGUGUACCGUCAAUUUGUUUCUCCUCAUGCUCAAAUGUAUUAUGGAGAAGGAAACACUUAUUCAAGUGGAACAUGAAAAAUUUAAAUGCACCCGUCAUAGACCCCGUGAAAAAAAUCGUAACUAAUUAGCGAAUAUUUGCUUUUCGGUGCAACGAGACACGGACUAUAAAAAAAAAAAAAAAAAAAAUAGAAAAACAAAAUGUGCACUACACGAUUUCACGUCAAUUUUAGGUUGAAACCUUGAUCCAUCUAAUUCGUGCAAGUUUUUGAAUAUUGACUCAAUAUUUGGUACAUCUAAAACUGCUAUCAAAAUGUACGUAUUUUUUUCUUUGUUUUUUAACAUUUAACAAUUCUUUUGGAAAAAUCGUGUGCCCCCCCGUUUCAUCCAUAUCUCUAUCGUAUUCGAGCGAAUCGUUAUACCGAAUCAUACUAUUUUGUUUAUCACGAAUGCAAAAUUGAUGAAGUUAUCGACAAUCGACAAAACUACGAAAUUCAAACGUCGGAAUAGUAAACGUACCCGUUGUGUUUAUUUGUUUGGAGAACGUAUGGAAGAAUCACGCACGAAUCAAUACUGAUCAGGGUUUUAUGUCAUGAAAUUGGCGUAAAAUUUCCGUUAUACAGGUUGUGCUACAAUCCCACACUGACGGCCAACACCAAAAACAUACGUUUGAAAUCGAAUUUCAAGUCGAACAAAUCGAAUAAAUAAUUUAGUCACGUUUUUUAAACAAAUUCGAAUCCUUAACCACGCGUUAUUAAAGCUGUAAGUUUUAUGGGAAUCAGUCUUCUGAGGGUUUCUCUAUUUUCAUUAGUUCAGUCUCUAAACCAAAACGAAAGAAUUUCGCCAAAAAGUUUGCUUUUCUUGCUAACCUCGAAAAUGAUAUAUUUAUUCGUUCGAAAUACUUUCGAAAAUUAUUCUGUAAGAAAUUUCGCGCACUGCAACAUUUGAUCUCACGAACCUUUGCCCGACCCGAUUUCAAUAAUCAACGUCAAAGAACAUUGAUCAAAAAGAUUACGAAACUUUUCGACUUGAAAAUCAUCUCGAAACCGAAGUUUAUGACACCAUCGGGUGACCGACGGCCUGGGUAAAUGCGUUUACCAUUGCGACACUCAACGAAAAGUUUUCAUAAUACAUCUAUAGAACAUCGUAACGAUAAUAAACACUAAAUGUUCGAGGUUAAUAAAAACGUUGAAUUAACGAUAAAAACAGCGUUGUAAGAAUAGCGUUUCUAUAAAUACUCGCCUCGUGAAAAAUGAAGAAAUACGAUUAAAAAAUUAAAGGAAAGAAAAAAUAUGUAUUGCGAGGGUUGUAACUGAAGCGUUGUUGGGGCAUCGAGCAGUCGACUGCUGUAUUCCACUCACUGAUUAUAUACACUAGAUAAAUAAAAUGACAGAAAGAGACGACAAAAAGUAACUCUAAACGAAUAGAAUUGAUAACACGUUCAGGAGAAUUGAAUAAAACAGUCACCAAACUCCGAUCAAUUUGCACGAUGCCCCACUUGAAUGGUAAAAGUGUUGAAGAUGAAAGAAAAAACAGAUAAAACCAACAAACAAACUUUCUACAUAACAGGUGUAUAUCUAUAAAAAUUGAUGAAUAAACUUGAUUUUUGUAUUA